AUGCAUUCCAAGUAUUUGGCAAUAGGAAUAAUAUUCUUAUCACAAAAUACAGUUGGAAUUCUGGGAAAUAUCUCUUUGCUUUUCCACUAUCUAGCUGUUUACUAUAAUGAACAUAUACUGAAGCCUAUAGAUUUGAUCCUCACCCAUCUGUUCAUAGCCAACUGCUUGAUCAUUCUGUCUAAAGGGGUGCCCCAUACAAUUGCAGCUUUUGGAAUGAAAGUGUUUUUCAAUGAUUUCAUGUGUGAAUUUCUUUUCUAUAUUCAAAGACUUGGCAGAAGCAUGUCCAUGGGAACUACCUGUCUCUUAAGUAUCUAUCAAGCCAUCACCAUCAGUCCCCAGAAAUCCUUUUGGAAGAAUUUUAAAUUCAAAUCUUCAAAUUAUAUUACCCUCUCUAUUUCCCUCUGCUGGGUCCUAUAUAUCACUAUAAAUUUUAUUAUCCCUGUAUCUGGGAUUAUAAAAAUGAGUCACAAUAAUAUGACAGUAAAAAGAGAUUUUCUAUACUGCUCCACUUGGGGUCAUGAUAGAAUUGCAGAGUCAUUGUACACAGCACUGUUGGUAUUUCCUGAAGUCUUGUUUUCUGUGCUCAUCAUCUGGUCCAGUGGCUCUAUGAUUGCCAUUCUUUAUAGACACAAGCAGCACAUUCAACACAUCCGCAGUGCUCAUGUAUUCCUCAGAAUUUCCCCUGAGUCUAAAGCCACCCAGAGCAUCCUAUUUCUGGUGUCUUCUUAUGUAGCUUUUUAUACCCUCUCCUCCAUAUUACAAGGCUUAAUUGCUGUUUUAUAUAAACCCAGUUGGUGGUUAAUAAGCAUCACAGCCAUCAUUUCUAUGUGUUUUCCCACUUUGGGUCCUUUUGUUUUAAAUCAUGACUUCAUUGUAUUAAGAUUCUGCAUACUCUGGAUAAGGUGUAUAUACAACAAACAAUUGCUUCAUAGGUAA